CUCAUUCAACCAUAUAAAUUAAAUAGUGAUGAGCCGCUGUUUCGCGAGUUGAAGACGACAACAGUCAAUAUUUUCUCAUUCAGUCUAUCUAGAGAGCUACGAAUUCAAGCGUGACUUCGUGCUUGAAGUUCAGAGAGCGAUUCCUCAUACCGGUGAAGUGUUUUAGGGAUGGCGGACAGCCCAGGGGAAAGCUCAAGCUCAAGCCUCGAAGAUGGUGUAGCUAAUCUCAACCUCCAAGAUACGUCGGUGGCAGGCACUCCCGAGGAGCCUGAAAACAACGGCGAAGAACAUACUGCCGAGGGGACUGGAAACAACGGCGAAGAACAUACUGCCGAGGGGACUGGAAACAACGGCGAAGAACAUACUGCCGAGGAGACUGGAAACAACGCUGUGAAACGCACUCGUUUAAUGGAAACUCCGGUGAAUGUCGCUAUGACCAUGUCGGUCGAAAAAGUACCAGGCAUUGGGCCAAAGACUCGAGACAACCUGAGAGGAGCGGGUUACGAAACAAUCUCGCAGCUGCUCGCGAAAUUCCUGAUGGAAAGUGGGGACCCAGUGCUUUUUCAGUAUUGGAUGCGACGAACAGGCUUCGCGAAACGCGACCAUGCUGAAGAUUGUUACGAAGCUAUACACGCGUAUUACCAUGCGCACAAGGGCACACUCAGUUCCUUUGUUGUUAACGCUUGUGCCUGCCCCAAGCCCUUAAUCCCGGAAUGAUUUGUUUUCACCUGCGCGUAGAACAAAUUAAAAGUACAAUAAUGACGUUCGUCCUUCGUCAUUUGUGAUUGCAAACCCUCCUUGCAAGUCGUUUCCAGCUUCUUUUCCAAUUCCACCCUACUGUACUUAAAAUAUUUUUAGUCGUUCAAUGUGUACAAAUGCAUGUAUACCUGUACGCGUGUGUGUGCAUGUGUUUAUUAUGUGUGUAUGUGUAUGUGUGUGUGUGUAUGUGUGUGUGUGUGUGUGUAUGUGUGUAUGUGUAUGUGUGUGUGUGUGUGUGUGUGUGUGUGUGUAUGUGUAUGUGUGUGUGUGCGUGUGUGUGUGUGUACGAGUGUGUGUGUGCGUGUGUGUGUGUGUGUGUGCAUGUUUGUGUGUGUGUGUGUGUGUGUGUGUGUGCCAGAUAGUUCGGUUGGUGGGUGCCCUUAUGCCUGAUAGUGCUGGGUCUACCACCAACAGGCUCGGCUGCUUGAAGGUGUAAGGCUGUACCUCCUGCCUUUGUUGGUUUCAUGGUACAUGGUUCAUUAUUAUGUCAUUUUUUUGUUCAAGUACACAUACCUCUUGCCCAUGGA